AUGACUUCAUCAUCGGAGGGAGAAAUUCUUCAAGUCGGUCAAGUGAUUCGAGAUCGAUGGAAAGUGAAACAAAAAAUUGGCGGCGGUGGCUUUGGAGAGAUUUACGAGGCAACUGACUUACAGAAUCACAAUGAACGGGUGGCGAUCAAGGUUGAAUCGUCGAAAGCCACGAAACAAGUGCUCAAAAUGGAGGUGGCUGUGUUGAGGCGAUUACAAGGAAAAAAGCACGCGUGCAAGUUCUACGGUUGCGGCCGGAAUGACAAAUUCAACUACCUCGUCAUGAGUUUGCAGGGUAAAAACCUGGCCGAUUUGCGGCGAGAAGCGCCCAAACAGUGUUUUUCGUUGUCCACCGCGAUCAGGGUUGCCGUUCAAAUUCUGACAGCGAUUCGCGAGAUUCAUUCGAUCGGCUUCUUGCACAGGGAUAUUAAACCAUCAAAUUUCGCGAUGGGUCGCACGACGGUGACAAUGCGGAAUGUAUAUAUGCUGGAUUUCGGAUUAGCUCGUCAAUAUUUGAAUGCGAAAGGAGAGAUACGGAGUCCCCGAUCGGCGGCUGGUUUCCGAGGGACAGUUCGCUAUGCCGCUGUGUCUGCCCACAAAAAUAAGGAAAUGGGUCGACAAGAUGAUUUGUGGUCACUUUUCUACAUGUUGACUGAGUUUUUGGAGGGUCAACUGCCGUGGCGGAAAAUCAAGGAUAAAGAUGAAGUUGGUCGAAUGAAAGAAAACGUGGACUUGAACAUUUUGCUGGAGGAAUGCCCGGAGGAAUUGCAUCAAUUCGCCGCACAUUUGAAGACUCUCGGCUACCCGGACACGCCAGACUACGAGUUUCUGGAGCGACUGCUCACUCAAGUGAUGGCCAAAAAUGAGAUCAACUGGGAAGAUCCGUACGAUUGGGAGCUUGGUUACGAGAAUCUCACCGGCAGAAGCAAGCAAAAUGGCAACUCCUCACGUCUUAAAUCGCACACAACGGCCGUCAUUCGGGAUCGCUUUGAGGAGAGGAAUAAAAACCUCGACACACAGGCUCCAAUCACAAUGGGUGAGGAUGAGGAUGAGCAAACAAAUGGACAGUGUCCAAACAUUCAUCCACUCGGUCACGAUUCAGCUCAUACACAGGAGAAACCAAAAUAUAAACGACAUGAGUUUAUGAAGCCAAAAUUCGGCACGGCCGUCAAUUUGGACGUGAUCGACGCGGUGAACGCUCGACUGGCGGCGGUGGAUGAUGGAUUCGCGAAUCAUGAUGUUGAGGCAAACUUCAACUUGCCGUAUCCGCUUCCGAAUCGACCGCAUGUCGUCGAGACAUCGACAAGCAUUAAAAGGCCGCCAACGGUGAAAACGGUGAUUCAAACGCAGAACAGCCUUGAUGGGAAACAGCAAAAGAGCCAAAAAAGCAUCACCCUUUCCAUCAACAAUCGUUAUAAAAAAAAGAUCAACGGGUUGACGACAAUCGACACCUAUGCACAGGCCGAUGACGUGAGCGCGAAUCCGAGAUCGGGCAAUACGGUGCUCAGUCGAUGGCACGGCUCAUUUGACGAGAGUGUCGACGUGCAACCGUUGGACGACAUUCCACCCGAUUCACAACGAAAAACGAAUGGAUUUGCCCGUGCCUCAUCGCACAUUUUGUCGCCACCGAGAUCGGACUCAAAUGUUACCUGUUCGCAAAUGGUUACCUCAUCAUCUCCAUCAGCGAAUAUCGCGUUGGCGUCACCGAUGAUCUCGAGAAGACAUCAACCAAGACAGGAUGAAAAAACGAAUGGAAUGCAAAGAACGCACUCGGUUGGAGCCCCGUCGACGAGUCUUCUUGGGCACUUCAAGAAUUUCGUCUCGUCCUUCAACCAAUUCGGCUCUUCGUCUCCGCGCCUCUCGCGUGGGGUUUCGAUGGAAAAUCAACGGAAUUCCCACGAACGGGAAUCUCAAAUGAGCUAUGGCCUACGAAACUCGACCUCAGGCGGACUGAGAAUCUCACCAGCCGUGACGACGACGAAAAUCGUGAUCGCCAAUGUGGGUGUGCUGCGUGGGGGAAAUGGUGAUGAGAAUAACGAACAAAUGAAUGGAGAUGUGAUGAGAAAUGGGAAUGGGAAAUAUAAAGAAGUGGAUCGAGAGGAGAUCUUUCAAUUUCCACAAUACGACGGAUUGCAACGCGGUCGAGAGAUGGAAAGAGACGAGCGGGAAAUGCGAAGACAAAGGAGAAUGCAUCGACGAUCGUCGGCCGAUGGAAUUAGACGAAACGAUCUCGGCGAGCUCUCGCCGCCAAUCUCACCGAAACCGAUGCCAAUCGUGCAGAAAACUUCUGUUGUUCACAGUACUCCACCAAUCGUGAAAAUGCGCGACAACGGGAUGGACGAAGAUUUUCGGCUACCGAUGGAAGACAAUAAGCCAAUGCUUUUCUGCAGAAGGAAACGCUACACGUUUUUGAACUUCCCGAGAACCUCGUCAAAAUCG